AUGUCAAAAGCUGCAGCAAUUCUGUUCAUAGCUAUGAUUGCUAUGGCAAUGAGCGUGGGCCCUGUAAUGGGUUGCGGAAGCCAAAAAUGUGGUCCCUCAGGUGGUGGCUCUUCUGGAACUCCAUCGACCGGCAGAUGUCCACUGAAUGCAUUGAAGCUUGGAGCCUGUGUCGAUGUACUCAGCGGCUUGGCACACGUUCACCUUGGGGAUCGUGUCGUGAACCAGUGCUGCCCUCUUUUGCAAGGAAUUGCAGAGUUAGAGGCAGCGCUCUGUUUUUGUACAACCAUAAGGGCUAAAGUCCUCAACCUGAACGUCGUCCUUCCAGUGGCUCUUGAACUUUUUGUUCAGUGUGGAUUGACUCCUCCUCCAGGCUUCAAAUACAUGGCAAAACCUGCAGCAAUUCUGUUCAUAGCUAUGAUUGCUAUGGCAAUGAGCGUGGGCCCUGUAAUGGGUUGCGGAAGCCAUAAGUGUGGUCCCUCAGGUGGUGGCUCUUCUGGAACUCCAUCGACCGGCAGAUGUCCACUGAAUGCAUUGAAGCUUGGAGCCUGUGUCGAUGUACUCAACGGCUUGGCACACGUUCAGCUUGGAGAUCCUGUUGUGAACCAGUGCUGCCCACUUUUGCAAGGAAUUGUAGAGUUAGAGGCAGCGCUCUGUUUUUGUACAACCAUAAGGGCUAAAGUCCUCAACCUCAACAUCGUCCUUCCAGUGGCUCUUGAACUUUUUGUUCAGUGUGGAUUGACUCCUCCUCCCGGCUUCAAAUGCCCCCCUCUUAACUAA